AACAACUCUUCCGCGACCUGCGUCAUCAUCUUCGAUACACCGACCAACUCUGCUCCCUCACUCAUUUCUCUCUUCUGCUCAAAUCUCUGCAUUUUCAUUUGCUUCCCAUGGCCACCACCUCUCCAUCCAGGUAUUCUCUUCCACUUUCUCCUCUUUUUCUUCUUCCUUCUACCCUCAAAUUCUGAAAUUAAUCAACACUUCCCCCAAUAUCUUUGCUUUUUCACUCUUAUCGUUGUCUACGCGACUGCCAUUUUCGUAUUUCCCCCUCUACUUCUCUUGUUUCUGCUGCAAUUACGGCGCUUUUAGCUUUCUCAUUUUCAUUUCCCUCUAGAUCUCUUAGAUGGCCAUGAUUUUUCAUACUUUAGCUUCCUUCUCUAAUUUGGUUCAUGCUUAUUCGGAUACUUUUCUUGUCUUUUUGGUGUAAACCAGCGAUAUGUCAUUGCUUCAGGAUUUUGUAUUUUUUGUUCUUACUAUGUAUUACAUCCUAUUUGUCUAAUCCUGUCGGCUUGGGCUCCAACUUGUGCUUCAACAACGCUGAAUUGACCUUCAGUUCAAUUAUCGUUCUUUACCGUUUUUUUUUGAGUUCAAGGAUGGAAAUUUUGAUCUUUUGGUUGCCUUCAUCAGUUAGUUUGACGAUUGGCUGGGAAAGAAUUGCUGUCGCAUGUUUUUCCACUCGUAUGUUGUGGUGGUGGUACAGGUGGUACACGGACGUUCGUGUUAUUCGGUGCCUUUACUGACCACGUUUCAAUUAACAUCGCAUGCAAACUCUUUGCUCUUACGUGUUGGAUUAUAUGUCCAACUUUCUCCUAAUUUUAAAAGCUAACCUACAGGUUUGGUUACGUCAGCAAAUGAUUAAUCUUUUCCUGUGUGGCAACCCUUUCUGAGUCAUGCCUGCUAUAAAAAAGAAUUCUGAAUGCAGUCGGAUUGGGAAUGUUUUCCACAAGUUGAUGAGGCAGAUUGGAAAUCCAGUUGACUUUGAACUUCCUGAUUGGUUUAGUAAAUGGAAGCCUUUGCCGUAUACCUUCAUUAGGCGUAAUGUCUACCUCACAAAGAAAUUUAAAAGACGGAUUGAGGAUGAUGGGAUAUUUUGUUCCUGUAGCCCUACAUCAGGAUCUCCAGGUGUCUGUGAUAGAGAUUGCCAUUGUGGGAUGCUGUUGUCUAGCUGUUCUUCAGGCUGCAAGUGUGGGAUUUCAUGUCUCAACAAACCAUUUCAGCACCGGCCUGUGAAGAAAAUGAAACUGGUCGAGACUGAGAAAUGCGGUUCUGGGAUUGUAGCUGAUGAAGAUAUCAAACAUGGAGAGUUUGUAAUAGAAUAUGUAGGCGAAGUAAUUGAUGACAAAACAUGUGAAGAAAGGCUAUGGAACAUGAAGCAUCGUGGAGAGACAAACUUCUAUCUAUGCGAGAUCAAUCGGGAUAUGGUAAUUGAUGCCACAUACAAGGGAAAUAAGUCGAGAUAUAUAAAUCAUAGUUGUUGUCCCAAUACGGAGAUGCAAAAAUGGAUUAUAGACGGAGAGACGAGAAUUGGCAUAUUUGCAACUCAAGACAUACAGAAGGGCGAGCAUCUAACUUAUGAUUAUCAGUUUGUUCAGUUUGGUGCCGAUCAAGAUUGUCAUUGUGGUGCUGUUGGCUGCAGAAGAAAGCUGGGUGUAAGACCUACGAAGCCAAAGAUAUCAUCGGAUGCUGCGUUGAAACUUGUAGCUUGCCAGGUGGCUGUAUCUUCACCUAAGCUGAAAGCAAUCUUGUCUGGAAGAGAUGUUAUCAGAAAUGGAACUUUGCAUGUAGGAAGUUCAAAGCAGGCACGCAACCAGCAAGUGGUGCACGCCUAUAAUUGCAUUGGUGAGGUCAUUUGGAUUGCUCGCCCCAUCAGUGGAAGGUCUUUUGGUAUUAUAAAGAGAUUUGAUCAAUAUUCCAGAAAACACUCCAUCAUGUUUGAAGACGGCAAUGUAGAAUUUCUUGACAUGUCAAAAGAGGAUUGGGAAUUCGCAAGGCUGUGAUAAGAGUUGUAGAGGGUAUGCAGAGUGCAGCAUUAACGUGAGAAUCAGCAACAUGAAUACACAUUCAUACACAUUCACUUACUUACCUUUUGGGAAACUAAGCAAGGAAGGGCAGAAGGGUUCCUCUCUCAGGCUAUUGUAGUAAGCAAAACUUCUUGUGAUGAUGCUGGACUCUUAAUUGAAACCCGAAAUCUGAACAAAGUAGAAAGGAAAAGGGUAAAAAAAAGAUGAUGAUUGUGAUAUUGUAUUGUUGGUGAGAAUGUUGUAUGAUAUGUAAUACUGUUCUUUUACAUUAGAAAAAAGAAUAAGGACUCGCCCAAAUCGACUUCGUUAGGUUAGUAUAGUUUCGGGAUCAGCGUGGGAAUUAUUUUUGAACGUCUUCUAUUCCUCAUCAUACCAACUGUUGUAAAGUGUAUUGAUUGUAUCUCUCCCUCUGCCUGUUAAUGUCACUCAGUGGCAUUGCUUAUUAAUCCAUUCAUAACACAUUUACUACC